CGCCUUCAUCAUGAAUACCCACGCCGUUCGUGAUGUUCGUCCAUCCAAGUCAAUGAACCAUUGUGGGCUGGCAAGCCGACAGCCCGUUGAAGAACAUCGUUUCAACGAUUUCACUUCGGUCCCCAACCUCGGAGCUUCCCACAGUCUUUGCACCAAUGCCACUUGACGAAAUCCCUAACCUUACAUUGAAAGGCCCCCCGGCGACAAGCAAUGGUGACUCGGGAGUUGAAAGGAGCCCUCAGAUCACCGGGGAAGCAACUCUGCUUAUGGAACUCGUGGCCGAACUCCGAGCACUGAACGAGAACCUUGGGCAAUUCAGGCACUUUAAGAAUCUUGAUGACAAACUCCCUCGCCUUCAGUCUCUUCUGGACGCCCCUCCACCUCGACAGCACCUUCAGCAGCAAGCACGGCCAGAAGAUGAAGUGGAUAAGGCGGGGGGGGGAGACAAGUUGGGCUGGCGAGAGCGGCGAAUCCGUUCAAGACUUCCCGCAACAGCAACAUCCUCAGGCGUCUUGCAACUCGCCCUAGCAAAUCUACUCGAAGUUGUUUGGUACGAGGGCUGGGCGAGCCUGCUCGAUGAAAUUGAUGAGUCCAUCAAAGUCCAGGUUGUGGAUAUCUUGAAUGCGGAUUCUACCGAGCAGCUGCUGUUCCAGGGUUCGUUGGCCCAGUCAAAGGUGUAUUUCCAGCUUCUGCAGCUUCUGCGCAUCAUCCCCCUAUGGAUCAGAGAGACGAGGGAUGAUCUGGAGAGACUGAAAGCACGCUCCGUCUUCCGAACCGCAUUGCCCUAUAUCCCUGGUCGGAAGUGGAACCAGCAGCUCUUGAGCCGCAUCGAGACGAAGACGGAUGAGAUCAGGGGCUUGCGAGAUGGUCUCAUCAAUACCAACGCCCUCUUAGAGGCUUCCAGGUCCACCUCGAUGAAUCGCUACGUCAUCAUCUUUACUCUCCUCACGAUAUUCUACCUGCCGCUCGGUUUUGUCACUGAGUUCUGCUUCCGGCUCCCUUCCGGCAACAACCUUGCCGUCUUCAGCAUGGACCUUCUCCACGAACAAGAGCUGACUGUCAUGAAGAGUCAAUACGCCGCAACAAUGGUUGCCGUUGCCGUAGUAACCUACGCGGUAGCUAUCGGCCUGGUCGUGUUUGUGGAUUGUCAGAAGAUCAAGCCGCUCCUCACUGGCGUCCACGCCCAUUUUGCCUUCCUUGCACGCAAGCUGCGGCAAACCUUUGAAAAGAAUGAUCCCGCGGCCUGA